AUGUCUUUUUUAGGAGCGAUUGGAUAUAUUAUGCAAGGAAGUGGUAUAAAAGAAGUACUUUCUCUGAUUUAUGCACCUAAUUCAUUAGAAAAAAUGCUCAAUGGUCAUGCUUACGCGAGAGCUGUUCGAGCUCAUACCUUGCUACAUCUUACUUUAGCAACAAUAAUAUCCAAAGAGCUUGUUCUCGAUAGUGAGAUGGAUAAAAACCUUACAAAUACAAUUGAACUUAUAAUAAAUAAAACUAUUUCCUAUAAUGAUAUUGAACAAGGCGAUGAAAUAUUUGAAGCAUUACUUUAUCAGUUUAAUGAAAAACUACAGGAGCACGGAGAACGAGGACCUACAGCAAAACUGUGGAUACAAUAUUUUCAUAUGGUGUCUAUUGCAAAGGAAAAUUAUAAGAGCUGA